AUGGAUGAGAAACAAUCUAAUACAGUGACAAGUAACCCGUCUGAGCAACAGAGUACAAAUAAUGUUGAUGUUGUAGUGGAACCGAUACCAGUACCACUUACAGAAAUCCAGCCAUUAGAUAUAUUAGAAUUGGAUAAACAGAAACAACAGGAUACUAGUAUGAUUGAAAAUCCACGGACAAGAUCACCACUUGCAAUAAAUUAUAAUAGUAAUCCAACAAUUCGUAGUCAUAGUAAUGCUAACACUGAUGUCAAUGUAACUAAUAUGAAUAAUUCUCCUACAAAUGUUGUUGGGAAUGAUAUUGCUAGUGUGAAUAGUUUACCUAAUUUAAAUAUACGGCAAUUUACUAGAAAUGCAAAUAUUACACCUUCAUUAUCUAUAUCUUCUACAAAUACAGAAUCUACUUCUAAUCAAUUGAGGCUAUUUCAAAGAAUGGAAGAAUUAUCAGCUCGAUUAAUUGCCAUGGAAGAACAAUUUCAAAAUUUAACAGGAAAAAUAGAACAACAGACAUCAAUGUUAUCAAAUUUAAAAUUAUCAAUGAAUCAAGUUCUUCAAUCAACAAUAAAUGAACAAUUUAAAACAUUACAAAAGCAAAAUGAAACAAUGUUUAAUAAUCAUUUUCAUAGAAUGAUUACAUCACAACAAUCUAUGAAAUCUCAACAAGACGAUGAAUCUAAGUUUGCCUUAGAUUUACUUAAUUCCAUAUCAAAUAUAAGUUCUAAUUAUUUAUCACAACGUCAACAAUGUUUUAUUGAUAGUAAUAAUAUUUCAAUGAAUGAUCAGACUGGGCAAUCUUCAUUACUUAAUAAAUCUAAUACAAAUUCAAAUUCUAGAACAAAUUUACAUUCUUCACAUAGUGGUACAAAUCUUAAAGAUAAUACUUCUAGUAGUAAUAAUACUUCACCGUUGUAUCAAUUACCUUUAUUCACAAAUAGAAACAAAACAUUUACUUUGAAUCCUAAUGGGAUCAAAAAGAGGAAAAGACAACAUCAGUCUAAUAAUAACGGUAAUCACCACCAUCAUAAUGGGCAAUUACAUCCAAACAAAUUAAACAAGACCAAUUCUAAUUUCCCAAACAAUGCACCUUCCACUGAUAUAUUAAAUAUGCCGAUUAUUAUGCCGACAGAUCCAUUUACAGGUUUGGCUCCACUAGUUCAAAAUCCAACUGUUAACCCUGUGGUACCUGUACCAUCUAAUAUGAUAAAUAGUAACCCUAGGGUUAAUAACUCAAACGGUAUACCAACUUUGCCGCAUAAUUUACAAGUUCCUCUAACUUUAUCUCAUACUAAUACAAAUGGCAAUGUAAAGAACAGGAAUAAUUAUGUUGCCGGUAAUAAUGAUAACAAUGGUAAUGGGAAUAAUACACAACAACAACAACAAAGCCAGCCAAAUAUUGCAACACCAAUGGGUUUACCAAUAUCAAUGCAACUACCAAAUCCAUCACAUGGACAGCCUCAAAUUCCAGUUUCAAAUCCAACGUCAGUGCAAAAAGAAUCAAAAAAUAAGAAUAAUCAUGAAGACGACGAUGAUGAUGAUGGAUACCAAGAAGAUGACGAAAGUGAUAAUAUUAAUGGAAAUAGUAAUAAAAUUGGUUCCACAGAAUUUUCAAAGGACGAUACAGUAGUGGGCAAUACUUCUAGAGGUAUUCCUAAUGAUGAUGAAGAUGAGGACGACGAUGAUAAUGAAGAGUAUGAUGAAGAAGAUGAUGAAGAAAUACCAUUAGGUAAAACUGACACUCAAGCAUCCAACUAUGACGACGAUGAUGGAAAUGUUGCAAACAAAGAAGAUGAUGAAGACGAUGAUAUGGAUGACGAAAACUUUGAAGAGGAUGAAGUGGAUGAAGAUAUAAAUGGUACAAAGAGUAAAAAUAAGAAGAAGAAAAUUGUCAAGAAGGUUGUUACAGCCAAGAAGAAACGCAUAAUCAAAAAAAUAAUUGAUGGUCCAAAGGGGUCUCCAACAAAGGGUAAUAUAAAGCGAACAGAGCCUGAAAAAGAUACAGAUGUUAACAAUGAAAUUAAUUAUACUCUUAUCAAAGCUCCAAAUAAUGUUAGAACUAUAUGGGAAGAAUAUGUCUAUGGGAUAAAUGGUAAUCCAUCAAUUCGUGGUCUAGAAGAAAAAUAUGGUAACAAAUGGAGACUUACUAAAAAUCGUAAAACUUUCUCUCGUAGAAAAAGGUUAUAUAAGUUCAUUCUGAAUGGUAUAGAUAAAGGUAAAACUGCAGAUGAAAUGAUGAAAACUUUAGAAGAGAAACGUCUUUAUAAAGAUGAAAAUGGUGAGAUCAAAAGAAGAACCAUCGGAUGGCUUCAACAAAGUCUCACAGGUAUAUAA